AUGACUACUCCGGGACUUCUGGAUGCUGGAGGUUGGUCUCUGUCGAACAUCAUCACCAGCCGGACCGCGGUUCGAUUGCUCCUUGCUUGGCUGGCAUACCGGCUCCUCAAGGCCCUCUACAACAUAUCUCCCUUCCACCCUCUUAGCCGUAUCCCAGGCCCGAAAUUGGCAGCAGCAACCUACCUGCCAGAGUUCUAUUACGAUGUGAUCAAGUUCGGGAGAUACACGAGGGAGAUCAAGAAGAUGCACAAGACAUACGGGCCGCUCGUUCGAAUUAGCCCUAACGAAAUCCACUGCAGCGACAUCGAUUUCAGUGAUGAGAUCUAUGCUGUGGGCGGCCGAAAACGUGACAAGCCAAAACACCAGGUGAGCGGGACUUACUUCUCUCGCAGCAAUGUUGCGAAGCUGGAGGGGGAGAUCAAAGAGCACGUUCAGAUGCUAUGCGACAAGCUGCUGAGGCACAGCGGCAAGGAGCCGUUCGACGUCAAGACCGCGUACAGCUGCUUCACGGCUGAUGUUAUAUCUUCGUACUCUUUCGGCCAGAGCUUUGGCUUUCUUGACCAGGAUGGGUGGUAUCCAAACUUCAAGGAUCCGACAGAAGCUGCGCUGCAAACCUCGCACUUCUUCCGAUUCUUCCCAUUCCUAAAGCACCUUGACCAAGUAGCCACAUGGAUUGUGGAUUUUCUUCCUGUGGACGUUGCCCUUUUCGUCAGGACGAUGCAAAUCGAGAUCCCAGCCAGCAUCAACCAGACCAGGGAGAACGUAGAGGCUGGCCUUAUCAGUUCUGAAAAGCGGCCAACCAUCUUCGGGUCCCUGCUUCUGGAGGAGGAGCUGCAGUCCAUCGAGAAGGGUACCAAGAGGCUCGCCGCCGAGGGCUUCGCCAUUCUCGGCGCGGGCACAGAGACGACCGCCUCGGCGUUGGCUGUCAUAACAUACCACCUUCUAACGAAGCCGCACCUCCUGGUGAAGCUGACUGCGGAGCUCGAGCGACACGGCAUCACGAAUUCUCCGCGGGAACUGCCGGCUUUCCCUGACUUAGAAAAACUACCCUACCUCGGCGCUGUGAUCCAAGAGGGCCUCCGUCUCUCGUACGGAGUGGCUUCCCGCACCGCCAGAAUUGCUACCGAGGAGGAUCUGGUCUACCGAGGGGAGUGGAACAAGAAGCCAGUGGACUAUGUGAUCCCAAGGGGCUACGCCAUAGGGAUGUCGGCCUAUAUCACCCACCACGAUGAGACAGUCUUCCCCAGCUCGGACGAGUUCAUCCCCGAGCGGUGGUUGGACGACCAGAAUAUUCGCCGCAAGGAGGUCGAGAAGGGUCAGAUGGCCUUCUCGAAGGGCAGUCGAAAGUGUCUAGCUAUGAAUCUGGCGCUCUGCGAGAUCCACUUCGUCGUUGUCGCCUUGGCUAUGCGGGUCUUCCCUCAUAUGGCCUUGUUUGAGACAACCGAAGAUGACGUGCUUUACGAUCAUGACAUGUUCAUACCGAUGGUCAAGGCUGGGAGCAAGGGAAUUCGUGUCACGCUGAAAUAG